GGCCCUCCCACCGCUCCCCAACCGGGCCGCAGAGGGCCAGGCCGAGCAGAUUGCGGUUGACCGAGGCCGGGCAGAGCGGCACCAUGCUGGGCAUGAUCAAGAACGCCCUGCUGAGCUCGGUGGAGCCGUGGCCCUACCGGGUGCUGAGGAAGGGGGAGAAGGAGCAGCUCAGCUACGAGGAGAGGGAGUACGAGGGCGGGUGGUUCGCGGCGGUGGAGGUGGUGGGGAAGCCCUUCGACGAAGCCUCGAAGGAAGGGGUGAUCAAGCUCCACAAGUACGUCGGAGGAACCAACGACAAGGGGGCUGGAAUGGGCAUGACUGCUCCUGUCUCCAUCACUGCUUUUCCUGCUGAAGAUGGCUCCUUACAGCAGAAAGUUAAGGUCUAUCUGCGGAUCCCAAGCCAGUUUCAAGCCAACCCUCCUUGCCCUAGCGAUGAAAGCAUUAAGAUUGAAGAGAGACAGGGGAUGACCAUUUAUUCAAUGCAGUUUGGUGGCUAUGCCAAUGAAGUGGAUUACGUGAACUAUGCGGCCAAGCUGAAGUCUGCUCUGGGGAGUGAAGCUGCCUACCACAAGGAUUUCUACUUCUGCAAUGGUUAUGACCCCCCUAUGAAGCCUUAUGGGCGACGCAAUGAGGUCUGGUUUGUGAAACAGUGAGCAUCUGGCUUCCCGUGGUACUGGCUUGCACUGAUAACCUCCCCGUGCUACGUUCCUGUCCUCUUCAAAAUAAACUAACAAUUUAGCAGAGGCAGAAAAUCAUCAUUUCCUCCCUCCACACCUCUGCCUUGGUCUUUUAUUGACCAGCCAUUUUAGCAGAACGUUUCAGAGCCCUUUGAUGAUCCUGCUCCUUCAUUCUGGACUAAGUCCUCAACAACAUAGAUUUUUGUGAUCUCUUGGUGCCUUGCUUUGAUCUCCCUCCUGCUCCCAGAGUUCAAAGCUGAGACAGCCAAAAGUACUUAAUUAGCAAGACAGGUGCCUGACAAGAGUUGUGUCCAAGUGCUGGCAGACUGUUAGUCUCACCUGAGCCAGGCAGGGGAACAUGACGGAAGUGCAUACAGGGGCUUUUUUAUCUUCUUGCACUUGCUACAGCUGUAAAAUGCUGCUUUUAUCUGUGCCAUUCCAAAAGCAGUCUAAAGGGACAUGGGCAUCGCCACCAACACAGCUCAGUGAAAAUCAGCAUCCUUUACAUUGACUCAUAGUGUCCAGGAGAGCAACGCUUCUGCCAUCUGUCAGAGAAGUGUCAUUUAGAGGAAGAUCCAGGUUUCUGUUUGCAGCUGUCCUCCUGCUUGGGGUGAGACAUCUUGGGGUGUGUUAUGUUCUGAUCUCAGCUAGCAGCUGGACAAUGUGGUGUGGAGACCCCAAGAUCAUUUCCUCACCUUCCUGUUGUGUGUACUGUGGGUGCCUGUGUAAUUCAUUACCACCACUAAAAGAAGUGUGUUCCUCUGAUGCUUAAGUGCCUCAAAAGUCCAGGCACUUUCCAAAAGCCAUUUUCCACUGGAGCUGGAGGAGAUUUGUCAGAUGGCAUCUCAAGUUCUGUCCAGUCGAACUGUUUGACAUGUGCCUGCUUUCUGAGAACUAAUCUCAGCAGUAAAAGGAAAAAAUGUGAGGUUCUGAUGUGCUUUCCUUUUCUUUCUUGCUGAGUCGUGUAAGAGCUUUGCUGUAGACCUCACGAGAGAGUCUGACUCACCUGUGUGCAAGAGCAGCUAGUCAGGAUGGGUAAAAAGCAAAUUACCAGGGGAGAAGGAAUCAAAAGGGAAAUUGAGGCAGACUGAGAGUUAGGCUUUUGAAGGACUUUUGUAAGGAGCAAAAGGCCCUUCUAAGGCCAUCCUUGAAACCACAGGGACCUAUUCAAAUCCCAGAUCUUUUUUACUUGCAUGGGGAGGAAUGGAGGAGCACAGUGCUGCCCAGUUUAUGCAUUCCCGGGUUCUUUUUGAAACUCACGUGUAGACUGUGGAUACAAUCCUUUUUGCCUAACGGUGAUGAAUGCCAUUCAGUGAUCAAAAUCUUGAAAUUACCCAAAAUUUCUCCUGUGAAAUCUCAGUUGUUAGGAAGAUCAAUAAUAAACCUGGUAUGAACAGAGCUGUACAUCUCAGCAGCUUGAUUUUUUUCAUAACACACGUAACAGCCUUUCUGAACAGAGACCAGGAGCUUCUGACCCACCAGUGAGAGUAAUUGCAUCUGUAGGCUCUGCUGGUGCAGCCCUGCCACUGGCCUUUUGCAUGCAGUCGGUAGGGUACAGUUUCAUAAGCAGUGUAAACUGAUACCAAAAGCUUCUGUGAACCAAAUUGCCUUUUCUGUACAAGCAAAGAUGCCUGUGUUCUGUCUGCAUUUUCUAGAUUUUUUUUUAAUAAAUAAAAAAAUAAUAAUAUUUUGAUUUACA